AGUAUGCGUGAACCGGCCGGUCGUGCUGGCCCCUUUUCUGUUUUCUCGUUCGUGAACGUUACGUGCUUUUUCCCCCCUUCCCACCCACCAACUUUCCCACCUCCUCCACGAGCCCAAAAAUUGCAAUACUUGUUAUUACUUUUGUUUCGUCAUUUGUUUUAAUUUUUGUUGUUGUUUUGUUUUCGUUGGAAUUCCAAAUUUUCGUAGUACUCUAAUCAUAGUACUUCAUUUUUUGUUGUUUUUUUAUGAUGACGAUGAAAAUGACUAUGACGAUGACGAUGAUGAUAGUGGUGGGUGGGUAGGUUUUGUUAAUCUUUAAUUAAAUUUAAUUAAAGAUAAUUGACUUAUUAAAGAGAAAUUAUUUCAUUGAUUGGAUUAAUUGUUCAUUCAUCUCGGUGACGAUGAAUUUAUUGAAAGAUAGUAAGAUUAUUUUGAUUGAAAUUUGUUUAUAGAUUUUUUGAUGAAUUGAUGGAUCCGACAGGAUUGUUGUACUGAAUGUCAAUGAACUCUCGGUAAUAUCGGUGUACGAAAAAUUUGUACAUGAUCGAAAGUGUGACGGUGACGGUGACGGUGACGGUGACAGUAACUGUGACGUGGUCCGGAUUGGAUGACAAGUACUAUGAUUUCUCGUUGAUUUUUAUUUUCUUGAAUGUUUUUUUUUUCUAUUCCUUUCCUUUCUUUCUUUCUUUCUUUUAUUUACAAUCUAUCCGAUAAACUCGGUGUAUUUUUAUUUUAUUUCCCCGUUCGUUCGGAGUUUAUCAAUUACACGAGUAUCUCUCAUCGUGCAAAAAAAAAAAAAAACAAAAAAAAAACUUAAAUUACCAAUAAGGAAAUUAUUUUGUUCUCCAUUAUUGUCUUUUUUUUUGUAUUCAUUGAAUUUUUUUUCCGCGCAAUGAAAUUUCUCCUACAAUUGGGGGAUUUUACGAGAUAUUAAAAAUAAGCUUGGCAAGAGGAACAGAAGAACAUUGUGGACCAAAAUUCAAUGUGAAGGAAACAAAAAAAUAGCAAAGCAAAAAAAGAGGGGGAAAAUGAUCUUAGCGCCUACGAUGGAAGAAAAUUCGAGUAUCUUCGAGUCGGGAAAAUUGAACGGACAUAGUAUGACGAUCAAUACGGGUAAUCGGGAACAAAAGGAGUUGGACGAGUCUAGGAGUUCGAGUUCGAGUUCAAGUUCACAAUUGGACUUGGACGAGAGCUCGGUCAAGGAUUCAUCCUCUAUUAACAUCGAUAAAACACCAACAGCACCAACGAUAACAACAACAACAACAACAACAUUCGGUGAUAGUUCGAAGAGUAAAAAUAUAGAAGAAGAUAAAACGUUUGAGAUGAGCAGUAGUACAAACACGGCAGGUACCGAAUAUGGAAGAGGACGAGGUGGUCACGGUGACAGUUCAUGCGGAUUGGUUGGUUCUAUAUUUUCCGGUGGUUGUCGUGGACGUGCUGAAGCAUUUGCCAGACGUCUUCAUCGACGGCUUACAUCAUUGGGUAACGCCGAUGAUAAUUCGGAAAGUUACAAAACCCCAUCAUCGGUUGCUGGUGCAUCGGUUAUUACAAAACCGAUAACACGCGAGGUUGCUUCAUGGUUGCACGGACCUAGCGAAAAAACAACAACCAAUUCUGUUGCCCCUAACAUUGUUAACAAUCCAAUCGGUGCUCGAGUCUUUCAUCGACAACCGCGACAUCAAGCGGAUAACAACGAGCUUUACUACGAUUUCGAUGAUGAUUUAGAUGAUUUCGAACAGGAACCCAGUUCACCCGGUGAAGAAGUUACGGCUGCCGAAUUGGCAGAUUUAUUGGUUAACACGGAAAUACUUAAAACCAAUCAUCAUGAUACUUGUCAUUGUUCACCUAACGGUCCUAGAUUAGGAAUCGAUCAAGAUUCCGAAUCGGAAUGUAUUUACGUAUCACCGGUAAGUGGUACUUCACCUGUCAGUGAAUCAUCUGAAAUUUAUUUCGAUCCAGAAUCAUCAGACGUGGAAAAGAACAAAAACGAGGUUUAUUUCGAUCCAGUUACAAGUUCGGAAAGCGAACAAUUGAUAUCCAAUAAUUUGGACGAUGUUUCUUCCACGAUAAAAGGACAAUUUUCUUCAUCCAGUAAACCAUUGGAAAAUAUUUCUAUCAUUUAUCGCGAGGAUUCAUCGGAUUCCAGUUUAUCAUCGAACAAAAACAAACCCUUGAAUAGGUUUCGUUUCGAUAAAACUCGUCAAAAUAAAAUCACUGUAAAAGAUGCUACUACCUUCAGUUCUGAAGAUUCGUUGAACGGUAGAAGUUCGCGCGAGACAACGUCACCAAGUCACGAAUCACUUUGGAGUACGUUUGACGAUGAUAGUACGGUUUCCCUGAAAGAUGAUAACACAUCUAAAAACAAUUGCAAUUAUUUACGCAAAUGUCUGAUCAAAUCUCAUUCGGAUUCCGAGAUACCGGACAACGUGAUCAGAACAUUUGCAGCGACCAAUACGUUACCAUUAACUGUUGAAAAAAACGAGGAUGAUGAUGAUGAUGAUAAUGAUGAUGAUGAUGAUGAUAAUGAUGAUGAUGAUGAUGAUGAAGGAUACAACGUUAAUGAUUUUCCAAGUGUAUCGAAUGAACGAAUUAACAUUGAUACGAUUGAACAAUCGGAUUCUUCUAAUGAUUUUAUCAAAGAUAACAAACCUAUUGCAAACGUUAGCACGGAAUUAUCGGAUACUAUUAACGAUGACAGUAGUCCUACCGAAUUAGAAACAGAUUUAGAAGAUUCCAUAACUAUACCGGAAAUUAUAGAACGGGAUGAGUUUGACCACUCGAUUUAUGCUAGCACGUUAAACCUAAACGAUGAACUCAUGGUUGAAUGUACCACGGGUAAAAGACUGACGGAAAAAUCGGAUAAUUUAGCAAUUAACGAGGUUACUUUGCAAAUUGAUCAUGUAACAGUAUUAGACGAUAAGGUAAACGAGAAAACGUGUGAUUUUCUUAACAAAGAUAAAAAAUGUAACGGCAGUAAUCAAGAUGACAGUUCAAUAAGCAAACAGAAAAAAUGGUUGGAUGAAGGAAAAGAAAAAGAGGAAGAGAAUGAGGAUGAACAGAUUGAGACUGGGACUAGAAAAAGGGAAGGAAAGGGAAAGGUUACUACGGAAGAUGAAGAGGAAGAGGAAGAAGAGGAAGAUGAAGAACAAUUAAAUGGCAGACCACGAAGGAUUAGGCGUAGUUCAUCGUUGAAAACUGGCAAGACUCCACCUGGUACACCUGGUAGAAAAAAAAUCGUCAGAUUUGCCGAUGUCUUAGGAUUGGAUCUUGCCGAUGUACGAACAUUCUUAGACGAGAUACCAAAGAUACCAAAUUCCGCGUAUAACGAUUUGAUUUACGACGAUAGUUUUCAAAAAGAAAACAGUCCGUUGAAUUUAAGUUUGUCUACCACGAGUUGGGACAAUCGUAGUGGCUCCUCCGUACCUAGAAUUGCUGAUAGAACAUUGGUACCGUUGUUUCAACAACCCGCUGGUCUUUCGAAUUUUCUCGAUCUCAUCAGAGAACGUAAAGUAUGUUUGGAAAAUGUUUUGGUACAGGAUCCUAUAAGUUUAAGCAUUCAAGGUACGGUUAGAGUUCUCAAUUUAGACUUUCACAAAUCUGUACACAUCAGAUAUACAUUGAACUCGUGGAAAAAUUACAGUGAUUUGCAAGCAACUUACAUAUCCAAUUCGUGCGACGGUUUUAGCGACAAAUUUUCAUUCGUACUUUAUUGUCACACGUUAACGAUUGGACAGAGAUUAGAAUUUGCCGUACGUUUUCAAUGCAAGGGUACACAAUUUUGGGAUAACAACGAUGGCAAAAAUUAUUGUUUUCAAUGUUUACCCGUAUCAACAAGAGUACAAUAUGUACCAAUAGCUACGAGAGAAAAACAAAGGGACAGAGACUGGUCACCUAUAUUUUAUUGAUCCUCUUUUAGAUUAUUAUAUAUAAAAUAAUAAUGUUUAUAUUUUUAAAAACAACAAGUCACUUACUGAUUUUGGGUUCCUAAUCGUUACAUAAAUGUUACAUUACCCUCUGAGAGAUUAUAUUUAAUAUUAAUAAUAAUAAUAAUAAUAAUAAUAAUAAUAAUAAUAAUAAUAAUAAUAUUAAUUAAAUCGGGUACAACAACGUCUUUCCCAAUAUUCAACAAUUCAAUCAACGACGACGAUGACAAUGUCAAUUAUUAUUUCCUGCCAAUUUCUGAACAAUAAUACUAAAUACUCAACUAAUCGUCCAAUCAAAUCCGUAAAUAUUUUUUCAAAAAUUCUAUGUCAUAUAUAUAUAUAUAUAUAUAUUCGUAAAGAAAGACUGACAAACCGAGAAGAACAAAUAUCAAAUGUUAAAAGGAAAGUUAUUUUGCGUUUUUACUAGAACGAAUCGAUUAAAAUAAAACAAGAGAAAAAAAAUGUAAAAAAGAAAAAGGGGUUUAUACUCUUUGUCAAGUGUUACCAAUCUGACAGCUACGAAGUAUAGUUGUUUUUUUGUUCUUUACAUUUUGUUUUGAUUGAAAAAGCACAUGCAAAACAAAAAUAUCUUUUGUUUUAUGAUAAAUGUAAGAAGUUCAAAAGCAAACCCCUUUUUCAAAUAAAUCGUUCAUAAUACACCUUGGGGUAUGAUAUGUGCGUGCGUGCAUGUGUGUACUCGUAUCCUUCUGUGGCAAGGUUUUCAAUGAAAAUGAUUUGAACGAAAAAAUUGUUAAACCUAUGAUCAUCAAUCCGAAGAGGAUAAUCU